AUGGCCCCGCUGCAGCCAUCACAUGGCGCCUCGGCGGUGGUGGCACUGGGGCUGCCUCAGUCCUGCUCCUCCUGCCGGGACCAGCAAACCGUGAGCCGUGAAGCUGCCAUCAGCAGCCCAGUGAAGCAGGGGGCAGCGACAAGGCGCACAGAUGCGGGGACACAGGGCAGGGAUGUGGUGACAGGGCACCUGGCCGAGCUCACCGCCUCCCAGUUCCUCGACGUCUGGCGACACUUCGACGCAGACGGAAAUGGCUACAUCGAAGGCAAAGAGCUGGAAAACUUCUUCCAGGAGCUGGAAAGUGCAAGGAAGGGGGCGGGUGUGGAUUCCAAGAACGACAACUUGGGUGACAAGAUGAAGGAGUUCAUGCACAAGUACGACAAAAAUGCGGACGGCAAAAUUGAGAUGGCGGAGCUGGCCCAGAUCCUGCCCACGGAGGAGAAUUUCCUGCUGUGUUUCCGCCAGCACGUGGGCUCCAGCUCGGAGUUCAUGGAGGCUUGGCGGAGGUACGACACGGACCGCAGCGGCUACAUCGAAGCCAACGAGCUUAAGGGCUUCUUGUCGGACCUGCUGAAGAAGGCAAACCGGCCCUAUGAUGAGCCCAAGCUGCAGGAGUACACGCAGACCAUUCUGCGGAUGUUCGACAUGAAUGGCGAUGGGAAGCUUGGCCUCUCGGAGAUGUCCCGACUUUUGCCUGUGCAAGAAAACUUCCUUCUGAAGUUUCAGGGCAUGAAGCUGUCCUCGGAGGAGUUCAACGCCAUCUUCACUUUCUAUGACAAGGACGGGAGCGGCUUCAUUGACGAAAAUGAGCUGGAUGCACUUUUGAAAGAUCUGUAUGAGAAGAAUAAGAAGGUAAGUGGGGAAGAGUAA